CCUCAAGAACGCGCAUCAUCAGCAUCACCCGACAGCAGCAGCAGGAGGAGGAGGAGGAGGCGAGCAUCCUUCAUGAUUCUGCAUUAAAUCCGCACUCUAUAUCAACAAACACCGGGCCUUUACGGAUCCAACCGUGAACACCACACAUUAAAUCAUGGAUAAUUCCGGUAAAGAGAAGGAAGCCAUGCAGCUGAUGGCAGAGGCGGAUAAAAAAGUCAAAUCAUCGGGUUCAUUUCUCGGAGGGAUGUUCGGGGGAAAUCAUAAGGUUGAAGAUGCGUGUGAAAUGUAUGCCAGAGCUGCCAACAUGUUCAAGAUGGCCAAAAACUGGAGUGCUGCUGGCAGUGCUUUCUGCCAAGCUGCAAGACUUCACAUGCAGAUGCAGAACAAACUGGACUCGGCCACCAGCUUUGUUGAUGCUGGAAAUGCUUAUAAGAAGGCAGAUCCUCAAGAGGCUAUCAACUGUUUAAACGCAGCCAUCGAUAUUUAUACAGACAUGGGAAGGUUCACGAUUGCUGCAAAGCAUCACAUGACUAUUGCAGAGAUAUAUGAAUCCGAGCUAGUGGAUAUUGAAAAGACCAUUGCACACUAUGAGCAGGCCGCAGAUUAUUACAAAGGUGAAGAGUCAAACAGCUCUGCUAAUAAGUGUCUGCUGAAGGUGGGCUCGUACAGCGCUCAGCUCGAGCAGUAUCCCAAAGCCAUCGAGAUCUUUGAGCAGGUUGCGACCAGCACAAUGGACAACCCUCUACUGAAAUACAACGCUAAAGAGUACUUCUGGAAAGCUGCUCUGUGCCACUUCAUCGUGGAUGAAUUAAACGCAAAGCUUGCGAUUGAAAAGUAUGAAGGGAUGUUUCCUGCGUUCUCUGAUUCAAGAGAAUGUAAGCUGUUGAAAAAACUAUUGGAGGCUCAUGAGGAGCAGAACUGCGAGGCGUUCACUGAAGCCGUGAAGGAGUUUGAUUCGAUCUCUCGUCUCGACCAGUGGCAGACCACCAUGUUGCUGCGUAUCAAGAAGACCAUCCAGGGUGACGCCGGUGACCUGAAGUGAUGCGUCCUGGACAAAUACUGUGGCAAAAUAUCUAUUUUAAUUUCUUACCGUAUCGUGUGUGUGUGUGUGUGACAAUCUGGUUGAACAUUUCUGUAGUGACACUAGCUCAAAUAUCAGCCAUUUCUUGGAAAGUUCAGGGGGAACUUGCAUUGCAACUGCAGAAAAUAGAGGUAUAUACAAUAUUAAUGUGGAUAAUUCUCUCGUGGAAGGCAUUUCUCUAUCCCUUUACUUCUCCAUGAGGAAAUCUUUACCGUACACCCUUGUUUGUACUUGUGUGUGGCAUGCGAGACCCGUAGAGCUGUUCUCUUUCUAAUGUUCACCUCAGUGUUGUCACUGGCAUUGUCAUGCAUGAUAAAUGUGUAAAGUGUGUUUAUGUGCUGUAGAAUAUCAGGAUUUUGUGAGUGCACUUUAUUUCAGACUUCAUCAUCUGUCUGUAAACACAUCGCCUUUGCUCACUUUAAACAUUUUUGUGCCACUGGCCUCAGAAAAGCUUCCUCGCGUUGUCUUUGUCGAUAUGGCGGUGUCAGUUCUGUCGGAGUAUUUGCUUUAGUGGUUGAAUUAAGCGUCGUUCAUGUUUCAUAAUCAGUAGAAUAGUGUCUCUUGCUCACUAAUGAGUGAUUUUUCACAGUGUGAUAUUACUGAAAGCCUUGAUUCUCUAAUGCAGAUCAUGUUGAAUAUGUACAUGUAAGUUCUGAUCGCUGUUUUCUAAUGUAUUAUUUGUAAUUUUAUGUUUAAUUGGUUGUCGUUUCACAUGGAUACGGGGCAUUGAUUUUGGGCAUUCAGAAUUAUUAUUUUAUGAAUUAUUAUUUUAGUUUAAGUGCUUCUUUUUGUGUUUUGAAGUUCUUUACACUGUUGUUGAUACUUUAAUGAAGAAUAAACAGCUUUACUCUUUGUGUCAGUAAUAAAAUGAUGUUGAUUGAAUGCUUUAUCUAAUAUGUUAUAUGACUGACAGGGAAUCAAAAAUGUAUGUUAAAAUGUACUAGGCAAGUCUUAUUGAGACGUUUUAUUAAAUGUUCUAACUAUUUAUUCACAGAGAAAUGAAUAAAUGAUCAUCCACAUCA